UUUUAUUUAUAUGUUGUUAAAGUCAAAUUGUGUAUUAUUUUCAGUAUAAAUGGUGUGAGUCCAAAACCACGUAAGGUAUUGCAGUUAUUUCGUUUACGCCAGAUCAACAAUGGAGUGUUUAUUAAAUUAAACAAGGCUACUAUUAAUAUGCUUCGUAUUGCAGAACCUUACAUUACUUGGGGUUAUCCAAAUCUGAAGGUUGUUCGUGAACUUAUAUAUAAGCGAGGAUUUGGAAGAGUAAGUCAUAGAAGAGUACCUCUCACCGAUAACUCUAUAAUUGAACAAAGACUAGGAAAGUAUGGAAUCAUCUGUAUGGAAGAUUUGAUUCAUGAGAUUUAUACAGUUGGACCUCAUUUUAAGAAGGCCUCAAACUUUUUAUGGCACUUUAAAUUAAAUAAUCCUAAAGGUGGCUGGAGAAAGAAAACCGUUCAUUAUGUUGAAGGAGGAGAUUUUGGAAAUCGUGAGGAGAAUUUGAAUGUUCUUCUGAAGAAAAUGAUUUAAGUGAUUUAAUAAAAAAAAGGUGUACAUGGAAAA